UAUGAUAUUUGACUGGAUAGAGAAUCCAAAACUUGAUGUUGAAACAUUGGAUUGUAUUAGUGAUCUAUUUGGUUGUGUAGGAAAUAGAAGGUAUUAUUUCAACUUGGGUACAACAUUUAGAUUGUUGGAGAUGAUGCAACUUUAUGUGGGCCAAAUGUCAUUUUCUAAAAGACUGAUGAAAAUCCACAUUGAUUUGGGGGAUAAAGGUCAAUUUGUGCCUACUUUUAAGUGUGAUGAAGGUGGUUGGGUGGAAUUGGGGAAGAAAAAAAUGAAACUGAAUCAGAGAGCAGUGAAACAAGUGAAAGUGAAAAGACAA